AUGGCAGACACAAUUCCAAGCAAUGAGGGGCACCGAAGCUCCGCGGCCUUGGUGAACCCGAAUUCUCAACUACAAGCCAACGUCACCCAACAUGCAGACAUUCUCCCUGUGACUAAAGUUCCUGCGCUGGAUACCAUCGAUCCCUAUGCUGUCGAUAGGUCGGUGGGUGAUACGGUGGCAAAUAGUCCUUGGGCGGAGAUUCCCUGCAGCACAGACUUCCAGAGUGUCGCCGACGACCUCACCCAGGGCUAUGCCCGCUUUAUCUCAAACUUCACUGGCCUCGAGGAUGUCGCGUUCCUUCUCACGCGUCAUACGGCCUCGGAAUCUGCCUCAGAUGCGGUGCGCGAGGUCAUCUGUGCCUCCGUGUUUUGGUCCGAGGCCACCCAGCGACCGGGCGAUUUGAGUACCUGCACAAUUCGCCACGUCGACGAAGCCUCGUACAACAAGAAUGAAGUUCAAUUCUCUCUGGACUUGGGAGCGAGUUCCGAACCUGAGAAUGGCGAGAAGCAACUCUCUAAUGCCCAAGAAAAUCAUUUCAAACUACGCAUCAAACCUACCUCCAACACCAACGCCCUUGCAGUCAGUUUUGCAUACCCGAUGCGACUUAUCCCCGACCAGGCAGUGCAGCAGGUGCUGAACGCACUAUCAUCCUGCCUGGCGGGCGCUUCAACCUUCCUCUCACUCGAGACGCCCCAACCCGAGCUAUCGAUAAUUAAUUUCCCAUCCCUUAUGAUACCCCCACCAAUAGAUUCCGACCAGAAUGGAGACGCUGGGUCCAGCAGCUCCCAGCGAUCACUUCUUCAUGCCGCUUUCGAGGGCUGGGCCCGUAGAAAGCCGGAUGCGAUCGCACUUGAUUUUGUGCAUUCUUUACCCUCAUCGACGUCUGAUGCGGAACACAGCGUUCUCACCUACGCGGCCUUGGACAAGGCCGCUUCAAACUUGGCCAUCCAUAUCCGAGCUCUUUUGGCCGGUAGCAACCCCGCAGACUACGGACGUAUUAUCCCUGUUUAUAUGACAACAUCCCCCGAACUCUAUAUCUCCUAUCUCGGUAUCCUCAAGGCCGGUUGCGCAUUCUCCCCGAUUCCUCAGGAUGCACCUGCUCAGAGGGUACUGGAAAUUCUCGAAGACAUUGGCUCUCCAAUUAUUCUUGGCAAUACUCCCGAGCCCACCUCUUGUCCUUGGAAGGCGGACGGCGCAAGCCUAUACUCCUGGGUCGAUGUGGCAGAGGUGACCGGGUGGAAGCAGCUAUGUGGCGAUCAGAAUGUGCCGCCCGCUUCGGAUGAUCAGCUGCGCGAACUGGAAAUCCAGAAUGACCAGACAGCUUAUCUCCUCUUUACCAGUGGCUCGACUGGUAAGCCCAAGGGUGUUCAAGUCAGCCAUUUAGCCGGUGCAUGCUCUAUUCAUUCACACGCCACGGCUAUUCCCCUACCCGGAAACGCGGUUGGUGAUUUUAGGUGGUUCCAAUUCGCGUCCCCGACAUUUGACCCGUCUCUCAUGGAGAUCUUUGUGACCUUGAGUUGCGGUGCUACCCUCUGCUCUGCAGACCGGAGCCUGACGCUGACUGACCUGGAAACCACCAUCAACGAGGCAAGGGCUACAGUCAUGAUGGCGACGCCCAGCUUGGCUGCGCUUCUCAGACCUUCCCGCCUAACGACGCUUGAGUCUCUCUGGACAAUGGGUGAGAAGCUCAACCGGACUGUGAUUGAGAAUUUUGCUCCUAAGCCUACUUCUCCCGAUGGACCCUCAAGAAUGCUGGUCAACGCUUACGGGCCUACCGAGGGAGCCAUUAACUGUACCUUUCUUGCUCCUUUCGACUACUCCAUCCGUGGCUCUAUUAUCGGAAAGGAGUUGCCUACUUGCGCUAUGUUCGUUUUGGAUCCUAACAGCCACGAGCCCAAGGCCGUUCCGGCUGGUCUUACCGGUGAGUUAGCGAUAGGAGGACCCCAGGUGAGCAAGGGCUACUUGAAUCGGCCCAAGGAGACCGCAAAGUCCUUUAUCCACAGCUCCGAGUUUGGUUACCUUUAUCGCACCGGUGACAUGGCUCGUGUUGUGUGGGAUGAAAGUGGCUCGCGGGUCAUUGAAUUCCUGGGCCGUAUCACCUCUGACCAGGUGAAAAUAAGCGGUCGUCGUCUGGAGCUCAGUGAGGUGGAGUCUGUACUCGCGACAGUCGCGGGAAUUACUGAAAUCGUCACGGUGAUUUCUAAGCGAGACAACAACGUGCAAGGUAGCGAGCAGAUCGUGGCCUGCCUUGUGGCGGAUGGCGCAAGCGACGCGACAAAGCAAGACAUCGUGCAUGAAGCGCAAGGGGCCGCACAGCGUCAUCUAUCCUCUUAUAUGUGCCCCUCCGCCUACACCUUUUUCGAUUCGCUCCCACGGUCUAGUUCUGGUAAGGUUGAUCGCAAGGCAAUCACUGCCAAGCUGCAGCAAGGUGAACAGAGCGGCCUUCAGAUUUUUGCUGCCCCGAAAUCUGGAGUGUCCAACGGCUUGCAGGAUGAUUGGGAAGCAACCGAUGAUAAAGAAGUUGCCUCCGUUCAGGAUCUUAUUGUUCAACUUAUUGCAGAGACCACACAAGAAGAUGUCUCUAUCGUCAAGCCUGGGGCUGACCUUUACUCUCUGGGCAUUGAUAGUCUUGGUGCCAUGCGACUACUGCAGAAGCUGAGAGACCAUUCCAUCGAGGGCUUAGCCGUUGCCGACGUCCUGCAGUCGGGGACUGCAAUGGGAUUGGUGUCGACUAUCCUUGCGCGCCGUCAAUUGAACGGGGAUGCUUUGGCCAACAGUUCCCAAUCCGCAGCCCUUCAUCAGAAAUUGCAAUCCUUCUCGGACCGGAACAUCCAGACAUGUGCUCAGCGACUUGAUCUAAAGUCAGAAAAGAUUCAAAGUGUCUUGCCUACUACUGCAACGCAGUCUGGUAUGCUGGCGAGCCUUUUGCGAAGCUCCGCUGAUAAGUCGUUUGCAACUCGAUCCUAUAUUUACCACUCCGUUCUUCCACUUGAGGCAGACGUCGAUGUUGAGCGCAUCCAAGCUGCAUGGCAAACCACGGUUGCCAGUUAUGACUCUUUCCGAACUGUCUUCUCUUGGCUUGACGAUGACAUGGCCCCAUUCGCUCAAUGUGUCCUUACCAGUGAGGCGGUACCUCAAUUGGAUUGGAGUGUUUAUGAGGCUGUGGCCGAACAUGACAACGAAACUUUGGACAAGGCGUUGCGAAAUGCCGAGGACUCCAUCAACUUGAGCACGCCUCCUUGGAAACUAUCCUUGAUUAAGUCAGAAAGCCGAACGCUGAUCAUCCUGAGCAUGUUCCACGGAAUAUUUGAUGGAGGAUCGCUGCAGCUUCUUCUCGAGGACGUUUCUUCUGUUUAUGCCGGAAAGACGGUGGCCAACCGAACGUCUCUUGAGCACAUUGUCAAGCACCACUUCAGUGCUGAUCAUGAUGCGACAUCUCAAUUUUGGACAAAGCAUCUUGACCAAUACUCGCCCGUCGUGUUUCCAUCGGUCACCCCCUACCGAGCCCCUUCAACUAAGACAACAGAUCGCGUGGAAAUCGUUGCCUCGACAAGUUACGAUAACCUGAAGAAACAAUCCAAGAACAUCGGUUCGACUCCAUUGGCCGUGCUUCAAGCCGCUUGGGGUGCGGUUUUGCUUGCUUAUACUGGCACCCCUGACCAGGAUGUUGUCAUGGGCAGUGUUGUGUCUGGCCGACUUGAUCCGGAGUCUGAAAUUUGCAUUGGUCCUACUUUCACAACUGUCCCUAUUCGCUUGGCCGUCAACCAGGUGCAGAAGGAUUCUCAAGGAAUUUGGACAAACAAGUCGGUCGCGCGUCACCUAACAUCCUUGAACACGCAAACCCUAUCGCACCUGCAACCUCGUUUAGGUUCACUAGUAACGGCCGAUGGCCGCCUCCCCUACGAUACACUCCUGGCCUACCAGGACUUCAAUGCUGGAUCCAGUUCAAGUGGCAUCUGGAGCUCCAUCGAUCACCCACCGAUGGCAAACGAUUUUGCAGUCAUGAUUGAAGUCUGGCCGGGUGCCGAUUCUUCGUUGACCUUCCGUGCCAGCUUCAACAAUUCCCAUCUCGAUUCGCAGGCGGCUGAGGCAAUGCUGAAGUCGAUGGCUGAUAUUGUAACGUACAUUCUUGGAAGCCCAGACGGAAACUUCCAGGACGCCUCUUCGAACACCCGGCCUGAGCUCAAGUCCUCAUUCAACGCCGGAGCAACCGCUGUCGAAGAAGUAUCAGAAGGUGCUUUGAUUCAUACUAGAUUCGAGGAUCAUACGGCAUCCCACCCCGAUGACCUGGCAUUGAUCUUCAAGGGUGAUUUGGAUGAUGAAAACAGUCCCCUGAACCUCGCGUGGUCCUACGCACAGCUUAACACAAUUGCCGACAACCUCGCGGAACAUCUCCUCCAGAUUGGCGGCGCCCUGACCAACACUCCUGUGCCUAUCUGUAUUGAGAAAAGCCCUGCAUUGUAUGUCGCUAUUCUUGGAAUCCUGAAGGCAGGAGGAGCCUGGUGCCCUAUUGAUACUCUUUCCCCUGCACAACGUCGCCAUGAUCUUAUAGCACGAACUGGUGCCAAGGUCCUCCUAGUUUCGUCGAAGGACGGGGCACAGCCUGAAGGCUCCAUUCCCUCCGGUGUUGACGUGGUUGAUGUCAGUCACUUCUGCCAGGCUAGUCCUACUGAAGCCACCGGAGUGAAGCGAAGCAGCACAAAGGGAAGAAGCAACCCAGACAGUAUGGCAUACUUGAUUUGGACCAGUGGUACAACCGGAGCCCCCAAGGGCGUGCCGAUCACGCAUUCUGCGGCGGUGUCCAGUAUGAAGUCUUUGUUUAAGGAUAUCCCACAAAACGCAGAUGGCAGCACCGUGCGAUGCAUGCAGUUCUCACAGUACACGUUUGAUGUGUCAAUCCAAGAUUUCUUCUAUACCUGGGGACUGGGAGGUGUUCUGAUCUCUGCCUCGAGAGAAAUCAUGCUUGGAUCUUUCCCUAAGCUUGCGAACCUCACUAAGGCGACGCAUGCCCAUCUCACCCCCGCCUUUUCCGCAGGCAUUCCAAGAAAGAGCUGUGAGACACUCAAGGUGAUCACUAUGAUUGGUGAAAAGUUGAACCAACCUGUUGCCGAUGACUGGGGUACCGAUAUGCGAGCUUUCAACACUUACGGUCCGGCUGAAGUCACCAUUGUUUCAACUGUCCGAGAAUUUGGAAAUGAGCAUAAGAAUGUCAAAAGUGCAAACAUCGGAUGGCCCAUGGAUACCGUUUCCGUUUUUGUGACCAAGAACCAGCGCAUGGUGAUGAAGAACGCCGUUGGAGAAUUGGCAUUGGGUGGUCCGCAGCUUUCUCCUGGAUAUCUCAACCAAGAGGAUGUCACCAAAGCCAAGUAUGUGUGGAAUGAGGAAGCUGGACAAACUGUGUACUACACUGGUGAUUUGGUUCGCAUGCUCGCGGAUGGAUCGCUUGAGUACAUCAACCGUGUUGAUGACCUGGUCAAACUUGGUGGUAUUCGAGUUGAGUUGAGUGAGAUCAGCUUCUCUCUCGGCGACUGCCACCCUCUUGUCGAUAAUAUCGAGACGCUCAUUCUCAGUCGUCCGGAUAGGCCUUCGAAGGUGGUUGUCUCUUUCCUCGCUGCACCGAACGCCGCAGGCCCUGAAGAUGAUGGGCAGCUUCUUAUUCUGAAUGACAAAGCUCUUGAAGCUGCUCGCUCUGCCAGUGAUCAGGCACAAGCCACCCUGCCAGACCACAUGAUUCCCUCCGUUUACCUGGUCGUGAAGAACAUCCCCAGAACUCCAUCCGCCAAGACCGAUCGUCGGGCUCUCCAGGCAGCCUAUGCAGAAGUUGACAUUGACAAAUGGGAGGGCAGCCUGAACCCCGAAAACGGUGCCCUUGACCAAUCAUCUGAAGAUCCGGCCGAUGCAGCCGCGGCAGCAAAUAUUGUCAACAUGAUCGCAUUGCUCGCUGAUAUCUCACCAUCCAUCAUCACGAAGGCUAGUCGAUUGGGUAGUUUGGGUAUCGAUUCUAUCCGUGCCAUUCGUCUCGCUUCCAGAUUGAAGGUAGCCGGCUACCAGCUUUCAGUUGUCGAAGUUCUCAACUGCGUCACCGUCCAAGACCUUAUCAAACUGGCCUCCACUGCAGAUGACUCUAAGGCCACUGAAAACACAUUCGAUAUGAAUGCUUUCAACAGCUCUUGGCACGAUGCAGUAUCUGCCAAGGUGCAGGACGACUUUUUCACUGUACGAGCAACUACAAUUCAGGAGAGUUUGCUCAGUGAGACCAUGGGAACUUACAACAUGUAUUGGAGCAACCAUUUCUUUUCCCUCGACCAGUCCGUGGAUAUCAAUAGACUCAAGCAAGCCUGGUUCUCCGUGUGCCAAAAAACCGAGGCCUUGAGAACUGGCUUUAUUCCUGUGGCUGAGGUUGACACUGGUUUAAAACAGGAAAGUCCUGAUUUCUCUAUGUUGCAAGUGAUGUACAAGCUCCCCGAUGUUGACUGGCAACAUCUUGAAUGUAAAAAACAAAACUGGGUCGAGCUGCGCGACAACCGCAUUGAACAGAUUAUGCAAAAACAUCAAAGCAGCUACUUCCAAAGCCCUCCAUGGGCCGUGACUGUCCUGGACAAAGGCGAUGAAAGAACCAUGUUCCUCACAAUUCACCAUUCCAUUCAUGAUGGACCUUCUCUUGGUCUAAUUAUGGAUGACGUGCGUUCCGCCUAUGCUUACAAGCCGCCUUCAAGACACCAGCUCAGUGACGCUCUUUCCGUCAUUUUACCCACAGAGCAAAGAAACAAGGAUACACGCAGUUUCUGGGCUUCCGAACUAGAGAAGUUCUCUGGGCUGGAAGUGGCAGUCUGGCCAGAUCUUACUGGAAUCAGAUUACAGCCAGGCGAGGUCCAGGAACACAGAUUUAUCGCCGAAGAAUGUGUCUUGUCAGAGCCCGUCUCCAAGCUUCAGGCUACCGCAGCUCAGCUUGGGGUGUCAUCGAUUGCAUCCAUCAUCAGAGCAGCAUGGGGAUUUGUUUCUGUCGGCUAUCUCAGCAUCCCAGCUACCGUCUUUGCCGAGACACUCUCCGACCGUGUUCUCCAUGCAGACCUUGAAGAUAAUGUCGGACCAUUGAUAUCCGUUGUGCCGAUUCCAUUCCACCCUCAAGGAACUGUACGGGAGCUCUUGGCCGAACAGCAUCGACUUUCUGUUCAGUCAUGGAAGUACCGCCAUGUUCAUGCUCGUGAUGUUCGCAAAAUGCUGGACCGACCUCGUGGAGAGCCUUUGUACCCCGCUGUUUUCAACUUCCACGUGGCAGGCGAGGAACACAAGAGCUCGCAGCCGCAAAUCUGGCAAGAGCUUGAGGAUCAGAUCGGCUUGCACGUCGAGCACCCCAUGGCCAUGAACGUGUUCCAACGUGCAGAUGGCUCGCUCGUCUUGGAGGCAUCCUCGGAUAUUGCUCUGAUGAACAAGCAUCAAUUGUCGCUUUUCGUCCGCCAAAUUGACGCUAUGGUUAGCGUUAUGCUGGAAUUCCCCGAUGAGCAGGUAUCCAACCUAGGCAAUCAUAUUCCCACAGACCUGCGCGCAGUCUCGAAUCGGCCAGUCACUGAUAUGGUUGCAAACUCCAUCUAUUCCCCUCCAACUUAUUGGUUGGAGCUCAAUGCCAGAGAACACCCAGAGUGGACCGCCGUUGAAGUGGCAACCAAAAUAGCUGCGACCGGCAUCGAGAAGGAAAUCAUGACAUAUAGCACCCUAAAUGCCGAGGCCAACCGUGUGGCUGCUUUCAUUGCCUCCUUCGGUCAUAAGAACAGGAUGAUCGCAGUCUGUUGUGGACGCAAUCUUCCCUCGUACCCAGUCAUCAUUGGUAUCUUCAAAUCCGGAAAUACUUAUCUGCCAAUUGACGAGGGUCUUCCGGCUGAUCGCAAGGCCUUUUUGAUCGAGGAUGGUGAUUGUCCUAUUGUUUUCACUGAAUCGACAUUCUCGGCGUCGUUCUCCCGCAUUCCCGAAACGUGCCAGAUCUACUGUACCGACGAUCCGGAAUACCAAAAGUUGGUGGCACCUAUGCCCACUGAAGAUCGUGACUACCAAUCCCAUCCGGAUGAUCUGUCCUACCUUCUGUUCACUUCCGGAUCUACCGGAAAGCCUAAAGGUGUCAUGAUCACUAGGGCCAAUCUUUCAUCAUUCAUUGAGUCCUUCACAGACUUUUGUGUCAGGGCUGCACCCAGAACGCUGACGCUGGGCGGCACCGGCAGACAUCUUGCCCAAGCUAGCAGGGCCUUCGACCCUCAUCUGGUUGAGAUGUUCUUCCCCUGGCGUAUAGGAAUGGCAACUGUAACAGCUCCCCGAACAAUGAUUCUCGAUGAUCUGCAGGUGACUCUCGGAAAGUGGGAAAUUACCCACGCGAGUUUCGUGCCUUCUUUGGUUGACCAGGCAAAUGUCCUUCCCGAGCAUUGUCCCAAGUUGGUCUACAUGAGUGUUGGAGGUGAAAAGAUCUCUCAAAAGGUGUUGGAUGCAUGGGCUACUUCUCAUAUCUGCCUGGCCAAUGCCUACGGACCAACCGAGGUGACAAUCGGCUGUACAUUCGCCCACGUUGGUCGUGACACAAACCUGCGAAACAUUGGACCCCCAUUGACGGCCUGUGCUUGCCACGUUUUCGUUCCCGGCACUCAAACCUACGCGCUGAAGGGUCAAACUGGUGAACUCUGCUUCAGUGGAGAUCUCGUCGGUAGGGGAUAUCACAACAGGCCUGAUGCCACUGGGUUCACUACAGGCCCGAAUGGCGAGAAGAUGUACAGGACCGGUGAUAUAGGACGUUUGAUGUGUGAUGACUCGGUGGAGUACCUGGGUCGUGGUGAUGACCAGACUAAGAUCCGUGGACAGAGAUUGGAACUUGGAGAAGUUUCUGAAGUCCUUCGAUCAUCCUCAACCAUUGGCAUCGACGUUGUCACAAGUGUUGCCAAGCACCCUGGUCUUAGCAGAGUACAGCUUAUCUCGUUCAUUGCACGAUCGGACUCUCGUCAACGCACAAAGGGCGGCGAGGUCGCGUUCGUCCAAUCCGAUUUCGCAACUCUUGGCAAGGAAUUACAAGACAUCUGCAAGAAGAAACUGCCGGGGUACAUGGUUCCAGAACUGAUCUUGCCCAUUACCUACAUCCCGCUGGCGCCAAUGUCUGGAAAGGCAAAUCUGAAGGACCUCCAUGCCCUGUUCUUCAGCCUCCCUCUCGCUGCUGUGCUUCAAGGAAACAACGCAGGAAGCAUAGACGGUGCAGCCAACAAUCGACCGCUGACUGCCGACGAAGAGGCUGUGGUCAAGGAAAUAUGCACUGUUAUUUCCACCGACCCCUCUGCCAUUGGACACCUGACAAACAUCUUCGAAGUUGGUCUGGACAGUCUUAGUGCUAUCGGUCUCUCCAUCAAGCUUCGAAAGAUCGGAUACGCCGCCACCGUGGCCCUUGUCAUGAGCAACCCAGUUAUCGAGCAACUUGCUCGUCUACCCAGAAAUAUCCCUUCAUCUAGCUCAGAGGCUAUUGUGUCCAAGCUGCGUCAAAACCUCGCAGACAUGGAAUCAUCAUACCGCCAGAAUGCUCCCUCAGAGGCUUAUCUGUCGACGGUAGCAUCUAUCAGGCCUUGCUUGCCACUUCAGGAGGGUCUGGUGGCACGUUCCAUUAACAACGAAGGCGAUCAACUCUACAUCAACCACAUCGUUCUUCAGCUGGAAGACCAUGUCAACGCGGCGCAGUUGAAGGCCGCAUGGCAAACUGUCGCCCAGGACAAUGAGAUCAUGAGGACUGCGUUCUCUCCUCUCGAGAAGGAAGUUGUUCAAGUUGUAUUUUCUGCUGAUUCUCAUGAGAUCCGUUGGGAUAAAGAAGCCUACAAGAGCUUAAAUGAAUCUACCGAGCAACUCAAAACACGGCAAACACAGGUGUCUCGCGACAUUAUCUCAAACAUCUCCACAGUUCCUCCGGUGCGAUUCCAUUUGGCCAAAUCUUCAACUACUGACCAGCCAUUGGCUCUCUUCAUUUCCAUUCACCACGCUCUUUACGAUGGCGAGUCCUUCUCCAUGCUGCUGGAAGACGUGGCGGCACAAUAUGUCAAGAGCCCUGUUCCGCAGAGAGGUUCGCCGGCGGCAUUCAUUGAGCAUGUUUACACUCAGGAUACAGAGAAGGCCAAGAAGCAUUGGACGGAGUAUCUGGGAGACUGCCGACCUACCUUGUUCCGCACUGAUUUCAACUUCCUGGAACAUCCGAAAUUUGUUACCAGAACUCUCGGCAACAAGCUUUCUGACCUGGAACGCCGCUCAGCAAGCCUGCAAACAACUGUUCCAUCCUUGGUACAGGCCAUUUUCGCUCUUCUGCUGGCCGAUGCUGUUGGGGUUUCCGAUGUGACCUACGGACUUGUUCUGUCCGGCCGAGCGGUCGCUGUUCCUGGGGCUGAUUCCGUUAUUCUGCCCUGUAUCACGACCAUUCCUGGACGACUGAAUACUAACGAACUUGGCACGGUCACUGAAGUGGUUGAAUCUGUCCAGAAAUCCACAGUCCGAUCGCUCGAGUUCCAGCACACCUCCUUGAGACACAUGCAACGCUGGCUUAAAUCUGAAACGCCUCUGUUCGACUGUCUCUUCUCUUACAUUCGAGCGACAACGCCUUCUCAGCACAACAUCUGGCGGGAAUUGGACAGCCAGAUGCCUGCGGAGUAUCCUCUUGCUGUCGAAGUCGAGGCCAAUAGUGCCACCGACAGUAUCAACCUGAACUGUGCAUUUUCAUCCAUCUUCAGUGCUGCCUACAAUGGCGAGGAGUUCCUUGAAAAGAUGGACGCUGUCCUAUCCAGCGUUGUUUCCGGUGAAAUUCUCUCCUUGGACAACUUCAAUCUUCCUAAGGCCGAGGGAACUGGAUCUCGUUCCCCGGUCACUCAGUGGGACGAGACAACUUGGUCUACUACUGAAACCACAAUUCGCGAAAUGACCAAGGACUUCUGCGGUCUGUCUUUGGCGGAUGUUUCUAAGGGAGCUUCCUUCAUUAGUCUCGGUGUUGAUUCCGUUACUGCUAUCCAAUUUUCUCGGAAGCUUAGAGAAGCUAGAUUCCAGGUUUCCUCUUCUGAUGUCAUGCGCUUCUCUUGUGUGGGUGCAUUGGCUCAGCACAUCGAGCAGAGCUCAAAUGAGGGACAACUUCAGACAAACGGCACCAAGAGAGCUGCCAUUCCAGCCGAUGUCUACCAGAAACAUGUUCGCCUGCUUGGUGAAGGUGACUCGAUCUUGGCAGUGUUUGGAUGUACUCCUUUGCAAUCUGGAAUGAUCACUCAAACCCUUGGCUCUGACGGCCAAGUCUAUGUUCAUCCCCAUCCGGUCAGGCUCGCCGACUCUGUGGACACCGCUCAACUGAAGAAUGCGGUCCUUAAUGUCAUUCAGUCCAAUGAUAUUUUGCGCACUUCUUUCCAUCUCGUUGCAGAGCUCGGACAUUCAUGGAUUGGAGCUGUGCACACGCAGCCUCCUUUCGAAUGGACCGAGAUCAGCCUUCCCUCCGAUGCCGAUCCUCUUGCUGAAGUCGGUGCUCUCUUUUCAUUCGGCGAAGAAUCGUCGUUUGAGAUUCCGCCUAUCCGAACAGUUCUAGUUACCCAGCCGGAGGGUAGACUCCUAGUCGUCGUCAUGCAUCACGCUCUUUAUGACGGUGCCUCGUUACCUUUCUUCUUCGAGGACCUCGCAAUUGCGUACAGCGGCGAAUCUCAGCUCGAGAGGCCGCAGUUCUCGGAAACAGUCGAACAUAUCCUGAACGGGCAAGAUGAUUCAUGCAAGUUCUGGACCGAGAAGCUCUUAGGAUACGAAGCCGUUGAAGUUCCUAAGCUGCCUGCCGACCAGGCUUCGGAGCGCAUGUUCCUCUCGGAACACCACGUCGACCUUGAUCUACCUACAAUCAUCGAAUCUUGCAAGGCUAUGGAAGUCACCGUUCAAAGCAUUGCUCUCCUCGCAUAUGCUAAGGUUCUGGCCCGUGUUCUCGGAAAGCGCGAUGUCGCGUUUGGACAGGUACUUGCAGGCCGGUCAUUGCCGACUCCAGGAGCUGAGCGAACCCUGGGUCCGCUGUUUAACACGGUCGCUCAGAGAGUCACUUUCGAGCCCAAAUUCCUCAGCAACAAGGCCAUGGCUGCACGUUUGCAGCAGCUUACAGCGGAUGCUCAAGUCUAUCAGCAUGCGCCACUGCGAGUCGUUCAAAACUCAUUGAGAAAGGCUAAUGAACUGACAUCUACUUCUCUCUUUGAUACGCUCUUCGUUUUCCAAAAGAGCGCCGACUUUGCCGGGGGUAUCCUGGAGACACAGCAAAUUUGGAAGCCCUACGAAACCGAGGAAUACGCCGCGCAAGCUGAGUACAAGUUGAAUUUGGAGAUUGACCAAGGUAAAGAUGGUAUUGUCGCUAGGGCAUCAUGCAACGGACAACAUCUGUCGCAACAGAAUCUUGAUGAUCUCAUGAACGAAUUCGGUUACGUUUUCCGGGACAUUAUUGAGCAUCCCACGAGAUGUGCAACCGUCAUGCCUGAACGACUGGGUGAAUUGCCACUCAGGCUGUCUGCGCCAGGGGCACAGGAGAACUCGGUCGAGGAACCCGAAGCCCCUCCGCACGAAAGCACCGUUCAGUCUGUACUUGCAGAGGUUGCUGGACUUUCUGUGGACAAUAUUAAACCAAGCACCAGCAUCUUCAGCGUUGGCCUGGAUUCCCUGUCGGCCAUUCGUAUUGCGUCCAUCUGUCGAUCAAAGGGAAUCAGGACUGGCGUUGCUGACAUUCUUCAAGGAAAUACCCUGCGUGGUAUCAGUCAACGCGUCCGCCCCAUGGAGGAACAGGCCGUGAAACCCCAAGGCUCACUUUUCGCGAAUUAUGAGCGCACGGAGAAGGCAGUUGUCGAGAAGCUUGGACUUAGCAAAGAAUCUAUUGAGACGAUCUUGCCUUGUCUCGGCGGUCAAUUCUACCAUCUUGUCAGCUGGUUGAAGUCUGGAAGAAAGCUUUUUGAGCCGGCGUGGCCCUACUUCAGCUCGGAACGUAUCGACACGGCAAGCCUAGAGGACGCUUGGUAUCAGCUUCGUGAAAGACAUCCAGUCCUCCGAACCUGUUUUGCAGCUAUCUCAUCUUCGGAGGCUGUCCAGGUCAUCAUGAAGGAGGCGGUGCGAGACACCGAAACUUUCAAGGUGAUCAACUCCGAUGCCACUAUCACAGAGGCUGCUCAGACCCAGGCAAAGGAAGAGGCAUUGAGCCCGUCCUCCUUGUUCGUUCCCCCUGUUCGUCUUCGCCUCUUAAAGGCCUGCGACCGGGACGGAAUUCUUGUUCUUGUUAACCAUGCUGCAUAUGACGCGUGGACAAUGCCCAUGUUUGUGUCCGAGCUUGAAGGCCUCUACCGCGGCCAGUCACUAGACACCAACCCCGAUUUCGCAUCCUUUGUUGAUUUCUCUGUUCGCUCCCUUCGCGACCUUGACGAAAAGACCUACUGGACUUCCGCCAUCGGUUCUGGCGAGCGCACGCUCAUCAAGAAUGUCGCAGAACGGACCGGAGGCCAGCUUCCCGAUCAAGUAUUCGUUGGGGCCUGGGAGAAGGUCAAGAAUGUUUCCCAGCUCGAGACUUUGUGCCGAUCCGCAGGCAUCAGUCUACAGACUGUGGUCUUGCUUGCCGUCGCUCGCUGCCUUGCACGUAUGACCGGAGUCACUAGCCCGACUAUGGGUCUGUAUCAAACCGGCCGAUCAGCGUCGUUCACCAACAUUGAAAAACUCACCGGACCUUGUCUCAAUGUCAACCCAUUCACCGUACCCGACGCAGUCUCUGAUUCGAGCCUUGUGGACAAGGCCCAGGCCCUUCAAGCCUCUCUCGCGGAGCGUGUCUCAUUCGAGCAAAGUUCCAUCUUCGAUGUUCUUCGGUGGGCCGGUGCUGAACAAACCACAACUCCCCUGUUCAACGCCUGGGUCAAUCUACUCUGGAUGCAGAACGGAGUGCCCUCCGCCAACGAUGCCACGCCCGAUAAGGAGCUGGACAACGACGGCGAUCUCUUCCUGCCGCUUCGAAUCGGUGUUCCUACAGACUUUAUUCCCGCCGAACCUCUACCGGGCUUGGGAGCUACGUCGGUGUCGGAGUUGGACACUUCCCUUCUCCCUGGUGAGAAUGUCUACAUUGAUAUUGGACCGGACCCGAAGAGCGAUACGAUCGGCUUUGGUGUUCGUGUCGAGGGGGGACUUCUUGCGGAAGAAGAGGUUCACCAGCUGGUGGAUAGCGUUGCAGGUGAAAUUGAGGCGAUUGUCUCUUCGCUGCAGUGA